AGAGCGAACUGGGGGGCGGGUGCUCGCCCCUCCCCGACGUGGCCCGCAGUGGUGCCGGUGGUGCCGAGCGCCGAGGUCCACGUGUGCGGUGUCUCGGGGUGGCGGCCGGCUUUGGCCCUCCCUGAUUUCCCUGGCCUGUGGGUCCGCUGCCUGCGAAGAUGCCGAAGAUCAAGUCAGGGGCGAGCGGCCGCCGCCGCCAGCGGCAAGAACAGCGCCGGGAGCUGAAGAGCGCCGGAGGACUCAUGUUCAACACGGGGAUUGGGCAGCACAUUUUGAAAAAUCCUCUCAUUGUUAACAGCAUUAUCGAUAAGGCUGCCUUACGACCAACUGAUGUGGUGCUGGAAGUGGGACCUGGAACUGGCAAUAUGACUGUAAAGUUGCUAGAAAAGGCAAAAAAGGUAAUUGCCUGUGAACUUGACCCAAGGCUAGUAGCUGAACUUCACAAAAGAGUUCAGGGCACGCCUCUGGCCAGCAAACUUCAAGUAAUGGUGGGUGAUGUGUUGAAAACAGAUUUGCCAUUUUUUGAUGCUUGUGUGGCAAAUUUGCCUUAUCAGAUCUCUUCUCCUUUUGUCUUCAAGCUGUUGCUGCACCGACCUUUUUUCAGAUGUGCUGUACUUAUGUUUCAAAGAGAAUUUGCUCUGCGACUGGUUGCAAAACCUGGAGAUAAGUUAUAUUGCAGACUAUCAAUUAAUACACAGCUGUUAGCACGUGUAGACCAUCUAAUGAAAGUCGGAAAGAAUAACUUCAGGCCACCACCUAAGGUGGAAUCCAGUGUCGUAAGGAUAGAACCUAAGAAUCCACCACCACCUAUCAAUUUUCAGGAAUGGGAUGGCUUAGUACGGAUCACCUUUGUUAGGAAAAACAAGACCCUGUCUGCUGCGUUUAAGUCAAGUGCAGUGCAACAGCUAUUGGAAAAAAAUUACAGAAUUCACUGUUCAGUCCAUAAUACUAUAAUACCAGAAGAUUUCAGCAUAGCAGAUAAAAUACAGCAAAUCCUAACCAGCACAGGUUUUAGUGACAAGCGUGCCCGUUCCAUGGACAUAGAUGACUUCAUCAGAUUGCUACAUGGAUUCAAUGCAGAAGGUAUCCAUUUUUCUUAGGUAUCUGGAAGACAGAAUGUUUCAAAUUCAAGAAAAGAAACUGGGAUUGUAUACUUUUAAUAAUUUGAGAAGAUGAACUAUGCUUUUGCUCUACUGGGACACUAUGUGCUUGACUAUUUUUGAUUUAUACUACUGUUGUCAUCAUUUAUUACUCUGAAUUUUCAAGGUAGUAAGUCAGUCAAUUCUAAGUACUCCAAUUUUUUUUUUGGUUUUGGUUUGUUUUUAAAAUUGAACAUAGGGCAGGGUCCAAUCUAUACAUGAUAAUCUUCAAGUUCAAGAGCCGCAGACACGCACAACUUUACACUUAAACUUAUCAUUUCUAACAGUUUAUUGUAUAAAGAUGUUACUCUCCUAUUUUCUAUUAUAUAUUACUGUGAGGACCUCUUUAGGCCUUCAGCUCUUUAGGCCUUUGUCCCUCAAGUAGUAAAAAAGCUACAAUACGCUAGUCACAUAUUCCCCAUACCAUUUCUUGUUAUUCAUGUAUGCAGUAAAACAAUUGUUUCUUAAAAUGUU